AUGGCAACUCAACACUCUGCAGCUCCAGAAGAUUUGCCCAACGAUCCAGUGAGUCAGUUGAAGCAAUCCAUCCUGAAGAUCUCGGAAGGCAUAGAAAAAAUGGGUGUUGUUCUGGGUGCUGCCAAAUCCGAGGCAAACGCCGCAGCACCAUCACCAGACAGAACUUUGGCAAAACGCCCUCCUCCAAAAACGAAAACACCCCCAAAAAGUGAUAAGGAAGCAAACAAGAACGCCCAAAAACCAAAAGAUUCAAAGCCGUCGAACCAAAGUGCGGAUGAGCAUAGUACCAUGAGUGCAGAAGAGAAGAAGGCUCAACGAGCACAGAAAGCGGCUGAGAAGAAAGCUCGAGCUGAGGCUGCAGCUGCGAAAAAAGCCGCCGCUUCGCAACAGAAUGCUGCUGUCGGUUCAAAAGAACAGAAUAAGAAACCGGAUCAUGUAAAUAAUCAGAAACCAAAGCAAGUGAAGGGUGCUGCUGCUCCAGCAAAGACGGAGAAUGGUGAAUUGAAUCAUGCUCAGAAUGAGGCGAAUAACCAUGCUCCCGGUAAAUCCGCUCUUCGUACUGAGAAUAAACAUCAGACUGCGCGAGAAGUCAAAUUUGAUUUUUGUGCCAAUGUUGUCAAAUCACCAUCGGAUGAUAGUAUAGGAAGCGAUGUGCCGGUUGGACCAAUCUCCGAAUGUCCCGAUCCUCCCUCUACGGCUCAUAUUCAUCCUGCCUUUCUUAAUUUAGCUGUCUGUUGCGAGCAAGGAAUGAUCGAUGAAGUUGACUCACUAUGUCAAAAUUUUAUUUCCGCCUUCAAAGAGUAUCUUGCUGACUGGUCGUCUCAGCGUCAGAAAGAAGGCAAAGAUCCAUCUUCAUUAGGUCAUGAUUUGGAUCUCGCAAUACGACCGCAAAUAGCUCAUUUGACACAAGACAGUCGAUGGCCCUUGCCUUAUGCUCUCGGCAACAUAGUACGACAGCUGAAGAAAGAAAUCAUAAAAACUGGCACAGCGGAUAGGAGCGGUCGCAAGCAGACCGUUGAAGAUGUUCAGAAAUGGCUUGAUGAUUGUGCGGAAGAAAAUUUUGGCAUUGCAUCCCGUGCCAUUUCUGAAUAUCUCAUGGGCAAGAUGAAAUCCGCACGCAAUGUCGUUACUUAUGAUUGGUGUCCACUUGUUAGCAAACUGUUGCUGGGUUCCGUAGAUAAAGGAUUUCAACCGGUAUUCACAGUGGUUGAUGCAGAAAUGGAAGGCAGAGGAUUGCGACACAUCAAAAAAUUCACUGAGCGUGGAAUCCGCUGUCGAUAUACGGACUUGAACUCAGUUGGAGCUGUUAUGGAAAAUGGUUCCAUUGUCAUUCUCGGUUGCGCGGCCGUUUUGUCUAACGGUAACGUAGUUGCACCAAAAGGGAGUAUGUUACUCGCUCUAGCUGCCAAAGCUUUCAACGUCCCUGUACUCAUUGUUUCGCAGACAUUCAAAUUUGUAGAUAAGGUCCAAGUAUGCGGCCGAGUUGCCUUGCUGGGAAAAGAGUCAUCUGAACUCAUACCUGCAGAUCUCGUUACUGCCAUAGUAACAGACAUACGAGUGCUGCACCCUACAGCUGCACCGGCCGUGCUCAAAGCGAAAGCACUGGAUUUGGAAUAAGUUUGUUGCGUUGCGCUUACAUCCUUCGCUAUGGGCAGGUCUUCGAUGAGUCGUUGUUUCUGUAUUUUUAUUGGUGUCUCUUAGUUUAUGGCUAUUUUUGUUUUUUGCUGUUUGGUUAAUUGUGCGAUUGCUGUGAUCAUUUUUUUGGGGAAUAUCGUAUGCUGCUGAGAACAAUAACAAAACAAUAAUUGUAGAAGUGUGCUGUUUUUUUUUCUUGGAAAGAGAGGUGAUAAUAAUAGGCGAUCGUUACUUGGUAGACAGCUGUACCACCAUACUUCCGUUUUUUUUUGCAGUUCAAAUGUCCUUUCACUUUUACCAAGCGUCUGCAUUGUCUUCAGAGUCACAGGAAUUAUGAGGUGAUAAUUUAAAGGCUUUCUUCUAGGCAAACGUUUUUUUUUUUUGCACAUUGUUGCCUUUCCUUCUGUUUAGUUUUAUCCAGUAUUUUUGUGUACAAUAUAUAUUUGACUUUUUCCCAUUUUUCCCACCAACUUUUACCUUGUUACCGCGCCUUUGUGUCUUUUUUGAUGCAGAAAAAGUAUUAUAUGGCUGUUUUGUUGAAUGAUUGAAAGUUUAUAAACAAUGUACCCG